AUGGCGAUUGAUGAGGUUUCUGAGGUACCUCAUUCUUUUUCUGAUAAUCCUGAAUUUGAAGACAAUGUCGAAAAGCUUAUGACCAACUUAUUUGAGAUGAACGGCCACCUCAAUACCCUACAGCAGUUCGUAAGUGCCUUGCGAAGGAAUAAAGAGGAGGGAAAUGUGAAAUCGAAAAUGGUGGCAAACAUAGACAAAAAGGCUGUUUUCCAUAUAAAUGAGAUAACAAAGCUUAUCAAGGCACUGAAUGCAUCUGUUCACAUCGUAAGUGCGAUUGAGGAAUCUGCUCUGAACAAAGCUCAGUUGCUUUCACGAGAUAAGCUGAUAAGGGAUGUCAAGUACUCUAUCCAGGAGUUUCAAGAAGCACAGCGGGAGUUUACUAGCACAUCUAAGGCAAUGAACGAACAAGCCAGGGCCGCCUUGGCACAGGAAGAAGAAGAAGCCCGAAGCGCAAUAGACGGUGAUCCUAAACAGGCUCUGGCAACAAAUGACCAGAACUCUCAACCGCAACAGGUGGUGAUCGAAAGAGAAGCAAUAAACAACGAAGAGUUUGCCUACCAGCAAAAUCUGAUACAAGAUCGAGAUCGAGAAAUUUCACACAUCGAGAGCGGCAUCAUUGAGUUAAACGAAAUUUUUCACGAUCUAGGUACAAUUGUACAACAGCAAGGACACUUGGUGGAUAACAUUGAAAGUAACAUAUACUCCGUGGCGAAUAGUGCACAGUCAGGGGCUCGGGAACUAAGAAAGGCAAUGAAUUAUCAAAGAGGCUCUAGCCGAAGCUGUUUGGUCAUGCUGGGCGUUCUCAUUAUUCUUCUGUUGAUGUUUAUAUUGGUGGUAUUUUAG